CUUAACAAUAAGAUAUAAAAAUUAAAAAAAAAACAAGUCAUUGUUAUCCAUAGAAUAAAUUCACAAUUGUCUGUUGUAAGUAUGCAAUUAUGUGUGGUAGUCUUGUGAUGAUCUGUCACAUGUGGAAAAUCGUCUGUUGUACCUAUGUCGUGCUUUUUAGUAAUUCUGCUACAUUUUUUUCACAGUUCUGACUUUGUCUGUCAUGAUUAAGACGUUAUCUGUUGUGGCUUUACAAUGACCUAUCUUAGCUAUACCAAUAAGCAAAAAUUCGUACUAGAUGAAAGUUGAAUAAUAAAUAGAAGAUGAAAAUGGAAAUAUUAAUUUUACAUGAUAUUUCUGAUUUUUUUUAGUCAAAUAUUGUUUGAUGUUUAUUUUAGUAAAGUAUUGUUUAUGAAAUAAAUUAUUAGUCUCAACAGAUGGCACUCGAUUGUGUGUAAGGUUAUUAUGUUCUUUGUCCUCUAUCCAUUCGUCUUUUUCUUCCUCCUUUUUUGCUUUUCCAUUUUCCCCAUUCUUUCUUCGUUAAACAUACGCAUCAGUUGUUAUCUAAUUAUACAGAAAUGAGUUGUUCGUUUUAACUUGUAUCGAUCAUACAAACUAAUCUCUGUUACCUUCUCUUAUUCGUAGACUUUAUUUUUCCCGCUUUCAGUAGUAGUAAUUAUUAUUAUUAUCAAUUCUCAUGUCUAUCUAUUCUCAUUCACUUGACUUCGUCUUAAUUACUAAACAAAGAUCCUCAUAAAAAUAAAAAUAAAAAUAUCUAUAUCAUCUGGAAAAUUCCAAAUCAACGUUCUCGAAAAAAUUUAACACUCCUUGUUAUAUGCCUGAAAUAAUUAAACCAUAUUUUUUUUUUAGAUCUAGCUAUAUAUAAAACAAAUUUAUUAUUAAUUCAAUUAAACAAAAAAAAAUGUCAUUUAUUCAACAAAACCAACAACAAGUGAGAAGAAAAAGAAUUAGACGAAUUGAAAUACUUAUAUUUUUAUGUUUUGUUUCUUGUAGAACAAUAAUAAUAAUAUUCUUUAUCUGCAAUUAAUUCAAUUAUUAGAUGUCAAUCAAAACGGAAGACUGGUUUUGCCGUUUUCUCGUCGAAUGAUACUUAUUGAUCGUCCAUUUGAUAAUCUAUAUGAAAACGAUAAUGAUGAACAAAGUGAAAUAUUAAGUGAUUAUUGUAAGACAGAAUCUGAAUUCUCAUCAUCAGUAUCAGAAAAUUAUUGUCUAACUGAUGACGAGAAUAAUGAUGAUAAUAGUGAAGACAAUGGAUCAUUUCAAUCAUUAUCCUUACCACCAUCACCUUUUGCUUAUGAUCCUUAUGAUUCAUAUGAUUAUGAAUGUUAA